UUUACAUCGGUGGCCCAAAGGCAACGUUAGUCGUAAAUGGAGAGCCCAGAGUUAACUUUUACUUUAGCUUACAUAGUGUUCGCUUUCUGCUUCGUGUUUACGCCCAACGAGUUUCACUCUGCUGGUUUAACCAUCCAGAAUCUGUUUUCAUCCUGGCUGGGAAGUGAGGAUGUUGGCUUCACCCAGUACCAUAUCAGGAGGACUAGCAUUACUGUACUGGUUCAUUCCGCACUGCCUUUAGGUUACUACAUAGGAAUGUGUAUUGCUGCUCCAGAGAAAAACCUGGGAUACAUUCACCAGGUGAGUCACAGCUGGAGAGCAUUUCUCCUCCUCUCCGUCUGCCUCCAGUUGGCCAGCUGGACGCUCAUCAUCUACUGGUCUCGCCAUCACUGGCACAACCAUCCAAUCAGUCGGGCACUUCAGGCCCAUGUACAGCCUCCUCACUUCAGCUGGGGCUCCGUGGCAACCAGCAUCAACAGUGAAUUCAGACACAUAGAUAAGUUUGCUACAGGAGCACCUGGAGCCAGAGUUAUCAUUACUGACAGCUGGGUAUUAAAGGUGACCACUUAUCACAUCUACAUGGCCUUACAGAGUGAAUGUCAUGUGACAGUGACAGAGUCUAGACAACACCAGCUUAGUCCAGACUUGGCCUCCCCUGCACAGAUCUUGACCCUGAGAGUGGACAGCAUCAACCCUCAUAUCAGACCCUUUGACAUCAGGCUCAACUCUACAGAAUAUGCAGAGCUCCGAGAGAAGAUCCAUGCUCCCAUUAGAAAUUCUGCCAAUGUAGUGAUCCACCAAACCAUCAGUGAACUCUUCCUGGAAACAUUCAGAGCACAGGUGGACCUAAAUCAACCAUACACACUCCCGAGUGCACAGGAGAUGGAGCCCUGUAUUGGCUGUAUGCAGGUUCCGGCAAGCACAAAGCUGGUCAGACUCUGCCACACAGAAGGAGUUGAUAAUGAGUCAGAGUGCCAGCAGUGUUUCUGCAGACCCAUGUGGUGUCUUUCCUGUCUGGGUCGAUGGUUCGCCAGCCGCCAAGACCAGCAAAGACCCGACACCUGGUUGUCCAGCACAGUCCCCUGCCCCACCUGUAGAGCCAAAUUCUGUAUACUGGACAUCUGUGUGGUCCGCUGACAAGACCCACAUACUGAUCCAAAUGACUUUUUCCUCUGGAAAUUAUGUGGAAGUGUUUUUGAGCAACAUUCAGCCGCAAGCUUCUGGAAGAGAAGGAGUGGACAGAUCAUUUAACUGAACUUAGGUACAUAUUGUCUGUACCUGUCUAUUCUAUGCUUUCAAUAAGGAGUGAUUAAUUAAGGUAAAGAUAUAAAACUGAUAAACAUUUGGUUUGAACCUCAACAUAGUGUUGUGACAUCUUGCUUGUUUAUAGAGUUUACCCAGAAAAUCUUCCGACAAUUAUAUGACGAGGACUUACAUCACUGUUCAUACAUAAAGAGCCAACAUCAAGGGUCACUCACUCUUGUUUACAUCAAAAUAUAAAUGUACCUGAUUAUUCACAUGUAUGCUCUGAGUUGGAAUAGUCAAUCAGACACUAGAAUUAAAUUACACAUACUGUGACUGAGACCUGUCCCCAUUGUGUCCUGGGAGAAGCUGCAAGCCUAUCAACAGAGUUGUUAAAACAUGUAUUUAUUAAAUGCAUUAUAGGCAUUUUCACUUUGACUUGUGACAGUUUGCAGUUGAGUAGAGCUAUGUGCUAUGUGAGGUCAUCAGACUCCAUGUAAAAAUAAGAAUAAUGAAAAGUGCAAUUUGCCAAUAGGUGCAAUAAAGCAGCAAAGUCUGUACACAGCCUAGUCUUGUCAACCAAAACAAUUAAAAUCCUCUGUGUGGCGUUGUCGUGGAUGUGCAUGGCCUUUAACUUUUGUGUUAUGUGUGCCAGCAGUUCCUCCAGUCUCCAACCUCUGUGCUAAGCUAUGCAAACACAUCUAAGGCUGACAGUAUCUCUGUACAGGAUGCUCACAGAUGAAACUGAUAUUUCAUCCUCUCAUCUCAACCGACAUAAGACAGCAAACAAGUACAUUUCCCUGUAUUUCAGGGAAUUUCAGUUCCUUAAAACUAAAUUAAAUGGAAAAGAAAGAGCAGAUAAAGUAAGCAUAUUCAUUAAUACAAGACUUGUUUUUCUGAUAUUGUGUCCUCCAUUGUGCUCUCUUUCAUCUUCUUGCUCCUUAUGCCACUGUAAGCAGUGAAACUCACCUCCUCCUUAAGGGCUGAAGAUGCUCAGUAGCAUUUUCCCAUCAAUACAUCAUCCCCGCAUGAAAACAUUAGCAAAAUUGCUGUGAAAGUACCUCCAAGAUAAAUCAGUCACCUACUGUGUCUGAAAUUGUGCAACAGCAAGGCAAAUUAGGUGGGAAAGCUGAUAUAUGGAGCUACAGCACAGGCAUACAUUUAGUGGCCACUUUAUUAGGUAUAUUAGGAUACCUAUCAGUUAUCCUGCCAGAAGUACCCAUCAGGAGAUGUGUAGAUUGUGGCUAUAAAAGAAUGCACAUGGUCAUUUUCCUCAGAUCUUGUUCAUUGAAAUGAGUCUUGGCCUACAGAAGUGCUGCUGAUUGGAUGUUUUUUUAUUUUCCUCACCAUCCACUGUAAACCUUGCAGACUGCCUUGCUGACUAAAAUGAAGAUUGUGGCCGCAAUGUAAUUUGCAUAUGAGUACUGAAAGUGUAUGAAACUUUAUUCUUUGGAAUAUAGUACAUGUGACAGAAAGCACAGAAAUCUCGGAACUGGAAAUGAUGCACCUGGAUGUUUUUAAUCUUGGCAACAAACAGCUUUUAAUUUUUGGAAAGAAAAAAAAAAAACAACCAAACAAACAAACAAAACAAACAAACAAAAAAAAAACAGUAAGUCCUGCUGCUGUUUCAGCCUAUUCUUUGGUGGUGGGGCCGAGCUGGAAUGAGAUGACAAAACAUUUUGGCUAGUGUUGAUGUUACUUGGGAACACUGUCAAAGUAGACGAGUGACCAUCCCAGAAUUAUGAUGACUUAACUCAAGAUAUGGUUUCUAAAUAUGAAUGUAAACUAACAACACAACGUUAUAAAUAAGCCAUAUUCAUAGCAACGUUGCCAACAGACCGUUCAAAAGAGUUUCUGUCAUCAUAUCCCCUGCUGUCCUGCUGUCUCCCGCUUCCCAAAUACUCCUGCCUGGGAGGGAGGGGGCGGGACAGUCACAUGACACUGUGUUGCGCUUUCAAAAUUAAAGGUUGUGAGUUACAGAUUUCAAAACCAAAUAUGUUUCUCCUCCGCGGUAUAAUUUUUGUUUGAGACAAAUGAGCCUGUCUCCAAUAUCGGAGGGGACAAGACUUGUGGUAUUCUGUGUCUGGUUGUUUUGACAUUCAGUGAUCUGUAUGCCUACCAGAGGAGAGAAGUUGGAACAGGUUGUGUCCAGGAUGUGAGGGGUCUGAUGCUUUCUGCAGUCUGGAGGUGUGUAAGUCCUGAAUGAAGGCUUGGUUGGCAUUUUCUGAGCAGUCCUUAUAGUCUGUAGAGGACCAGCUGUCCAACCUCCCGUCUGUAUGCAGACUCGUUACCAUCUCGGAUGAGGCUGAUGACCGUUGUGUCGUGAUCCACUGACAGGUGGAGGCUGGCACAGUGAGCUGACUUUUGAGUGGAGGAUUUCUGGGAUGAUGCUGUUCAGCAGAUCUGUCCACAAACAGGAUACUUACGUGUGUCCCUUGGUAGUCGAGAUGUUGCAGGAUGUAAUGCAGUCCCAUGUUGACUGCAUCCUUCACCCACCUGUUUGCCUGGUAGGCAAAUUUCAGGUGGUGCAGAGUGUAAAUGGUUUUUUGAUGCCCAAGGCGGGUUGUGUCUGUUUUGGUAUUGAUGUCAGCUUAUCAAACCUGUACUAGAAUGUAUUCAUUGCCAAUUGAAAGCUGUCCUCCAGCUUUUUGGUCUAGCACCUCUUGGUUACACAGGACUCUGUCCCUGCUUCUGUGGGCCUCCUUCUUAGCCUGGUGAAGCUGCUUGAGUUUAGCCGAGAACCAUGGUUUAUUGUUAUUGUAUGUGCAGAAGGUUUUAGUUGGCACACACAAGUCCUCGCAAAAACUAGUGGAAGAUGUCACAGUGUUAAUGAGUUCAUCCAAAUCUGUUGCAGCAGCCUCAAACAAGUUCCAGCUAUGCAUCAGUUGUCCAUCUUUCACAGGCUUAACUAUAGGCUUAGUAGAUUUCAAUUUCUGCCUAUAGGUUGGAAGUACAUAGAGCAAACAGUGAGUGGAAGCCCCAAGGCGGCACAUGGAAAGUGCAAUAGGCAUCCUUCAAUAUUGUGUAGCAGUGGUGUAGUGUGUUACUGUCCCUUCAUGUGAACAAUUUAUGGGCUGUCUGUAUAUUGGUAGUUCAUGGCUGAGAAUUGCUCUGUUGAAGUCCCUAAGAACAAUGAGCUGGAUAUCUGGAUGUUUCUGCUCCAUGUUAGUAAUCUGGUCAGCCAGGUGUUGUAAAGCCUCACCCACACAGGCCUGAGAUCGGAUGUAGACACAGACCAAAAUAAACGAGGAGAACUCCUAUAGUGAAUAAAAGGGUUUACAGUUUGUGAAUAUAGUCUUGAGGCCUGCACGAUUUCUGUGAUAUCUGUAUACCAACCUACAUUAACGCAGAAGCUCUCCUGGUUUUCCCCGGUCUUCUUGGAAAAAGUUGAUGCUCAAGAGGUUUACCACACUGUCCAGUAUGUGCUCACUGAGCCAGGUUUCAAUAAAGCACAGGCCAGCAGAUCUGCAAAAGUCCAUGUUUGUUCUGUUUAGGAGCAGCAGUUCAUCUAUCUUAUUUGUCAAGUGCUCCGGCUCGUUCUGACUCCCCUUCUGAUGAAUACAGCAAGUUCUAAAUGUUUCCCACAGGUUUUGAUGAUGUCACAUUGGUGACAGAGUAUUUGAUUUGCAAGCACAUAGCCUUCAAAUAUUCCAACUAAAAGUGGAAGGCCAGUUUUUCUCUUCAAACAAAGGACUUACUUAGUAGUCAAUGCAGUCCUGCCAAUAAUCCAAACAUGCCUCAGAGUAUAAAAACUAUUCAACCUUUUCUCCUCUGCCCCCUUCUUUUUUUUUUUAAAUAAUCUGUUAUUUUAUAUUCUUCCAUUUUUUUGUUUGUUUGCCUCGUCAUCAGACUUCAUCACCACAGAAACAAUAUGUACUAACCAUCUUCUGUUCUCUCCGAGAAUUGAUGCAGAACAAAUUCUAAAAGCAAUUUCUGUGUUUUUAUUCAUUUUAGUUAUUUACCCCUUAUUGCAUGUUUGACUCGUUUUUGAUAUCAUACAUUCAUUCAUUCUGUCUUGAUGACUUAAUGAAUUUACCCAUUAAUUCAUGCAUUUAUUCACUCAUCCAUUGUCAUUGUACAUGUGUGUAUAUGCCUACUUAGUUUAAUAAAUGCCUUGAUUUAUCAUCAGGUCAUUGUAUUUGUGUGU